AUGGCGGAAAAUGUUUCAACUGAUCUCAAGAUGUUUAUGUUAUUCUGUUUGUUGCUAGUUCAAAUUUCCUUUUCAGAAAUCAUUUUUGAAGAGCGAUUCGAAGAUGGAUGGCAAAGUCGGUGGGUAAAAUCGGACUGGAAAAGAAGCGAAGGCAAAGCAGGUUCGUUCAAGCACACAGCUGGGAAAUGGGCUGGAGAUCCCGAUGAUAAAGGUAUCCAAACAUCUAAUGACGCAAAGCACUUUGCCAUCUCUGCGAAGAUACCGGAAUUCACUAACAAGAACCGAACACUGGUUUUUCAGUACUCUAUAAAAUUCGAACAAGAGAUUGAGUGUGGAGGAGGUUACAUGAAACUCCUCUCUGGAUUUGUUAAUCAAAAGAAGUUUGGUGGGGAUACACCUUAUAGUGUAAUGUUUGGACCAGAUUUAUGCGGCACGGACACGAAGAAGCUCCAUGUCAUAGUCUCGUACCAAGGUCAAAAUUACCCGAUAAAGAAGGACCUGCAGUGUGAAACAGACAAGUUGACUCAUUUCUACACAUUCAUCCUCAGGCCGGAUGCUACAUACAGCGUCCUGGUUGAUAAUAGAGAGAGGGAAUCCGGUAGCAUGUAUACAGAUUGGGAUAUUCUCCCUCCACGAAAAAUCAAAGACGUCAAGGCAAAAAAGCCUGCAGACUGGGAUGACAGAGAAUACAUUGAAGACCCUAAUUCGGUCAAGCCUGAGGGAUAUGAUUCAAUCCCAGCAGAAAUUCCUGACCCGAAGGCUAAAGAGCCUGAUAGUUGGGAUGAAGAUGAAGAUGGAAUAUGGAAACGGCCGAAGAUCCCAAAUCCAGCAUACAAAGGACCAUGGAAACGAAAGAAAAUCAAGAAUCCUAAUUACAAAGGCAAAUGGAAAACUCCAUGGUUAGAUAAUCCAGAGUUCGAAGAUGACCCCGAUCUUUAUGUGCUUAAGCCUAUCAAAUAUGUCGGCAUAGAAGUUUGGCAGGUUAAAGGUGGUUCGGUAUUUGACAACAUUUUGAUUUGUGAUGAUCCUGAUUAUGCAAAACAAGUUGUUGAUGAAGUUUUUGCCAACAGAGAGAUUGAAAAGGAGGGUUUUGAGGAAGCAGAGAAAAUAAAGAAAGCCCAAGAAGAGGAGGAGGCUCAAAGAGCAAGAGAAGAAGGUGAAAGGAGGAGAAAAGAUAGAGGUUAUGAUCGACACCGGAACAGACAUAGAGACAGAUAUAGAAAGCAUCGCCGUGAUUACAUGGACGAUUAUCAUGAUGAACUCUGA